AUGGUCUACCCUAGCAAGCCGCUAGCCAGCGGCGUACGAGAUAUCCGUCUUGCAACUAUUCUACCCGGCCACGGCGACGAAACAGUCUGCUGCCGCUUAAACACUACUAGUGUAGACGCCGAAAACAUCACGUACACUGCGCUCUCUUAUGUCUGGGGUGAUGUUAAGAACUCACCUGAGAUAUUCCUGCAAGGCGAAGAUGAAGACGGUGAAGCAUGGAAGGUGACGCCCAACCUGCAUGCCGCUUUGUUGCACCUUCGGUCAACCAGGCAGGAGCGGACAUUCUGGAUUGACGCGCUGUGCAUAAAUCAGGACAACUUCGAGGAGCGGGCCUCUCAGGUCCGCCUGAUGCGUCACAUAUACGAAUCUGCGCAGGAAGUCAUUGUUUGGCUCGGGCCUGGCGACGUUCGCGACGUGGCCAUCGCCGUGGAUUACAUGCGGUCAUUCGAGGAGGCCAGCAAGUGGCGGGUGUAUAAUCCACAUAAAAAUUCAUUCUUCGGGCAUCCUCGGACCAAGGCGGCUGUACCGAUCUUCAGUCAUGAUAUCAUGGACCGUCCGUGGUGGUCACGGAUCUGGGUGAUACAGGAGGUGGUUGUGUCGCGCAAGACAACGCUCCAGAUCGGUGACUCGUGCUUCUCCUGGUCCAGCUUAAUUUCCACCAUGAAAUACCUGGCAGCGACGAUGGAGGGCCGCAUCAGAGCCCUGCAGGGGUCGCCGGGAGCAAUAGAGCAAACACGGCUCGAUUGGCGGGCGGCCGACCCCCAGGCCCGCCAGACGCUAUUCAGCCUCCUGCUCGCCUUCCGCGACUUCGACUCAAGCGAACCCCGGGACAAAGUCUUCGCCCUAUUGGGCCUCGUCCGCGAUCCCGGGCUCUCGCCACUACCACUGCCGGACUACGAGGUCUCCGUCGCCGCUGUCUACGAGGACAUCGUUCAUUACCAGCUUGCGGCUUUCGGCAGUCUGGACAUCAUAUGUGCUGGCGGUACAAAUAAGUUCUCGCGAGACUACCUUCCAUCGUGGGUCCCGGACUGGCGGAAAAACCACUUCGCGGGGGUGAGACACCGCUCAUAUUAUAGCUAUGGGCGCCCUCUCGCCCUUCACAGGACCCUCGCAUCGCCGUCGGCGACGCCUUUCCGAGCGUGUGGCUACUCGCGCCCCUCUGUGCGCUUCAUUCCUCGUGUAGAAGGCACAACAGUUCUCUCUGCGACCGGGCUCUGCGUUGACGUGAUUGAAACAGCUGACGAGUCUGAACGGUACCCGCUCGAAAUGCUCGCCCAAUUCGAGGCAGCCCUCCGUGCCAAGUUCGGGGUGUGUGCGGCCAUCGCGUGCGUCUAUGACGAUUGGUACAACAGGUUUGGCGCCAUCUCCUAUGGGGUGGAUUUAAGUAAUAGUUACAGCGCGGAAUAUUGGAAGGGCUUCGACUGGGUCGUAGACGGGCAUGCGACGAAUGAACAGAUUGAUCCUAGGGAUUGUCGCAGGUCGGAGAUAAGGAGCGGGAAGAGGAUGACUGAGAAGGAGGAGACACUGGGGAAGGAAGAGAAGAAGACGACUGAGGAAGAGGAAAAGCAAAAGACAAACGAGACGAAGAGGCAGAAGAAGAAUAGAAAGAGAAGGGAGAUGGCCCUUAGGGAGAAGAUGCAGGUGAAGAAUGAGAAGGAGGAGGGAGUGAAAAAGAAGGGGUUGGAGAAGGAGGAGUUCGAGAAGGAAGAGUGGGAUCAUCCUGACAGUGACGAUAUUCAGAAACUGUAUGUCGCCGGCGGGAGCCUCGUAGAGGCCUAUUACCGCACGCUACUUGUCGACCGGACAUCUUCUGGAAAGAGAGUGGACAAGGGCUACCUCGCCCGCGCUAUGCAGCCCCCAGACCCCUAUCCCAUGACCUCGGGGAGCUGCAUAAACCGUGCAACCGACCUCUCCGGUUUUAGCGGUGAACUCCUAACGUCAUUCCAGUCAGCCGUGCAGUGGCGGACGCUGCUGAUUACGAGGAAAGGCUACAUUGGCCUUGGGCCCUUGAGCAUGCUGUCGGGGGAUGAGGUUUGCGUGCUGUGUGGUUGUAGUGUUCCGGUCGUGUUGAGGAGGCAGGGUCCGUGUUAUGUGCUUGUCGGUGUGAGUUUAGGUUAG